AGUAUAGUUGAUGAUAAACUCUCUCUCUCUCCUCCCGUCUUCACCUCUCUGACUCUGCUUUUAUAUUUCGGUUUCUCUCUGCUUCACCGCCAGAGAAAACAACCAAAAAUUAGAUUUUUUUAUUUUUCAAAAUAUUCGUUCUUUAUCGGCGUUUUAAGACAAUAAGCUACGAUUAUUUAGGGUUUAUUAAUAUUUUAGAAGAUGGGAUUAUGGAUUGGAAGAGGCACCGGAGGAUUUCUCCUCUACCUUCUCGUGGGUUUCUCCGUCGCCAUCUUCUCCGUUUCUUACGUCGGAGAAACAAACCCUACUCUUCAUCAUCUCUCCGUUACCAAGAAAGUUUGGCCGGAUUUGAAGUUUAGCUGGAAACUUGUGGCGGCUACCUUAAUAGCGUUUCUGGGAUCUGCGUGUGGGACGGUUGGUGGCGUUGGAGGCGGUGGGAUUUUUGUUCCUAUGCUCACUCUCAUCCUCGGAUUCGACACAAAAUCUGCAGCUGCAAUCUCAAAAUGUAUGAUAAUGGGAGCAUCUGCGUCAUCGGUUUGGUACAAUGUAAGAGUUCGUCAUCCGACAAAAGAAGUACCAAUCUUAGACUAUGACCUUGCUCUCCUGUUUCAACCAAUGCUUCUCCUCGGCAUCACCGUUGGUGUUUCUCUCAGUGUUGUUUUCCCUUACUGGCUCAUCACUGUCCUCAUCAUCAUCCUCUUCGUCGGUACUUCUUCGAGAUCUUUUUUCAAAGGCAUUGAGAUGUGGAAAGAGGAGACUUUGUUGAAGAACGAAUUGGAGAAGCAGCAUCAAGGUUCCACGGUUAAUUCACGAGGAGAACUGUUAAUCGACACGGUGUAUGAGCCGCUUUAUCCUAGGGAAGAGAAAUCAGAACUGGAAAUAAUAAGGUCCAACCUCAAGUUGAAACGGCUUCUGGUUCUGGUGACUGUUUGGUUCGCUUUCUUGCUCAUCCAAAUUAACGAAAUCAAAGUCUGCAGCACAAUAUAUUGGGUGCUUUUCAUCGUACAGUUCCCAGUUGCUUUGGCCGUGUUUGGAUUCGAAGCGGUGAGACUAAUCAGGGAGAACAAAAAGAGGCUAAUCAAUGGAAACACUGAAUCAAUCUGUGAGGCUACGAUCGAGUGGACUCCUCUGAGUCUUAUCUUCUGUGCGCUCUGUGGACUCAUUGGAGGCAUCGUAGGUGGUUUACUUGGAUCCGGUGGUGGAUUUGUUCUCGGCCCUUUGCUUCUUGAGAUUGGAGUCAUCCCACAGGUUGCUAGCGCGACAGCUACGUUUGUGAUGAUGUUUUCUUCGUCCUUAUCCGUAGUUGAGUUUUAUCUCCUCGGGAGAUUCCCAAUACCAUACGCAUUGUACUUGAUGUUUGUAUCGAUUCUUGCCGGUUUCUGGGGACAAUCCUUCAUAAGGAAGCUUGUGGCGAUCCUGAAAAGAGCUUCGAUCAUCGUUUUCGUUCUCUCAGGAGUCAUCUGUGCAAGUGCUCUCACAAUGGGAGUGAUUGGAAUAGAGAAGAGCAUAAGGAUGAUACAUAACCAUGAGUUCAUGGGAUUCUUGGGAUUCUGCAGCAGUCAGUAAAUCCUCAAUUUGCUUAAACAGUAUUUGAAACACGAGUUUUUUUUUUUUAAUUUUUAAAAGAGUUUUUCCUUUUGAUUUAUUUGGCCAAUUUCGGUUGUCCAAACAUCAUCAUUGCAAGGAUAAAUAAUGAAACAGAUUGUUGUGUUGGGAAGGUUUCUUGUAGUACAAGUCAUGUGUUAUUCUGUUCAUGGUCAAUAGAUUAGUUGACCAUCUUCAGAAAUAGAGGUUAUCAAACUUGAUUUGUGUUAAAGUGUUAAGCAUUUUCUUUGUUUUUUUUUUUGGUAUCAAACGUUGUAUUAUUGCAUCUUUGGAUGCUUGCGAAACAAACAAACAAAAAAACCGAAGUACAUUUGGUUCACAUGUUCAAUGAAACUAGUACACAAGAAAAC